GCUUCUCGUCUAACACUUCUAAUUCCUACAAAAUAUUCAGAUACUAAGUUCCUCUAUCGUCCAAUUUAUCCAUUUCGAAUUUUUGAGUGUUGCAAUACGAAAUGACAUCUCUGUCUGAUCCGACUAAGAAAUACAUUGUUUUCGUCUUUGGUUGGGAUUUAUUCCCUUUACCAAACGUGAAAGGAAUGGUUGCUGGUGCUACCAAACUACCCAAACAAUAUCUUCACGUUGGCAUUGGAGUCUACAAUCGACUGUAUCAUUUCACCACAAAUGGAAUUCAUGAAAAUUAUUCAAUGCCCGACAAAUAUAAAAUUUUGCAUGAUGAAGAUAGUGAGAACCUAUAUGGUUUGACAACGAAAACUCAAGUGGAAUUCAAAACAUGGUGCGAUAAUCAGAAUCGCGAAACGUUCGGUAUCGACAGUUACAACACAAAUAACAACAAUUGCAUCUGCUUUGCAAGGGCAGCUUGUCAAUUCCUUGAAGUUGACUUCGCCGGUCCACAAAUUAUGCUGCAAAAUUGGUUAGAGUCAUCAACUCUAGCGAAUCCUAUCAUUGAAAAUUUGCGAACGAAUGCCGUAUUCCAAUUUUUGUCGUCAUCGACGACAAAAUUAUUUGGCUCGAAGUCGGCUGAACUUGAUGUCGAGAAGACAAUUUUUAAAGUGUUUAAUGUUGAUGCAGCAAUGGCUAAGCUAUAUCAAUUAUCGAAUAGUGGUGGUGUUUAUCGAAAGGAAGAUGCAUCCAUAAUGGAAUGAACAUUGGCAACGUAUUUCAAGCAAAAGUCAUCAUAGUAAGUAGUUGUGUGACACACUGUCAAGUUUCAGUACCCUAUUUAGACUACCACUCAUGCUUGAAGUGCGUUGAAAUUGGUGAUAAUAAUAUAUUGCGAAAUUUGUGUUUAUUCUAUCAGCGUCGUCUGAUCGUAUGAUCCAAAAAUUGUGUAU